UUGAAACGUUCGUAUUGCGCGUCAACUCAUCCGCCUUUCUAAGGCAGCGUUCACGCACAUUUGCUGGUGUCGUAGUUUAGGCCUAGCGGUCCCUUUCUUCAUUGUCUUCAUGCCUUUCUUGUGCAUGGUUCUACAUUAUCAUUGAACGCUUCGCAAUAUUUUCAACUGUCCUUCACCAUUACUCUUCUGAGGAAGCUCAAUGUCAUUGAAUUUGUAAGUGUGCCCUGUCCUGCUGAUUUACUGUUUGGUCCCGUUUUCUGCUGAGGACACCAUGGAAGUUUCACUGGAUAAACCUUUUGCCAUCCUCAAGUUUCCACCUGCUGAAGAUGAAGAAUCCAUGGAAGUCGGCUUGGCAAGCUGGCUGGUUGGAGGUGCAGAGUGCCUUAGCGACGAAAUGGAUGGGAUGACUUUCUGGCCAGAGUCAAAGAAUGUAACAAACUAUGUCAAAACUCAACAUCCUCAUGACCCUCUCUGGAAGACAUACCCUGUCAAGGUCCUACGUUUCUAUGAAACUUAUGUGAAAGCAAGGGAGGCCUUACCCAAAUUCAUAGCGGACUCAAAUUACGACACUGAGGUUGAGUGCAGCCUUCCCAAAGGACGUGGCAAGCGGAUAAGGUUUAAACCAGCUUUCCUUGAAUCUUCUGAUGAAGAUGAAAUUGUGCCAGUGAAAAAGUCACGUCAGUCUGUUCCUCCUCCACCACCUAUCUCAACCACAACAAAGGUUCGGAAGGGGCAGGGUUCAGCAGAAGAUGUCAAGAAGAAAGCCAGAGAAGAUGUAAUGGCUCGGUUGAAGGCUGCCAGGGCUGCAGCUGCCGCAAAGAUGGCUCAGUCUGCAAGGCUGUCGCCCUUGAAGGCUGUGGCCAGGAUUUCACCAGCUAAGUCCCCAAUCAAGGCCAAUAAUUGGGAGGUUACUGAAAUGCAAGUUAAGGCUCAGGCUCAGGUACAUGUGGAUGCCACUGCACCCAUUUCGCCUCUAAAUGUUGCUUCAUCAACUCGAAGUGUUGGCUCAGACAUUCUCGCUACACCUACUCAGAUGAGUGUUGGUCUAGUCACUCCGAACUCCAGGAGCGGACCUGCUUCGGAUUUCUCUUCUCUGUUUGACAAUGGUGAGAUGCUGGAUGUAUCCAUGGAUGAAGAGGACCCUGAAGCCAUUCUGACUGACACACCGGUCACUCCACUGAAAUCUCCUUCACCCAAGAGAGACCAGAGGUCACUGCUUGAACGGACUAAGUCAUUCUACAUCUCGCCAUUAUCCUUUGAGAGGCAAACUUCUUUAACUGAAAGAGGGAAUCUAGUUACUCCCACCAGAGGGACCUCCAGUCCCCUGAAGUCGGUUCAUAGGAACAGAACAUCUCCUAAAUCUAAGUUGGCUGGUACUUCCUCUGCUGGAGGUGGCCUCUCAAAGUUAGAUGGGCGGAUCAACCUCUUCCCUCAAGGAAUGAAUGCAGAUGAUAGGCUGAAGGCACUGCAAGUUUCUGUGAGCCGCUUGAACAUAGAUGUUCACGAAACUUCACAAAAAAUUGAUCUUAUUCUCAUGAAUCUGAGCCGUCUGCAGAGGGCCCUGGUUCCUAAUGAAAAUAGGCUGACCAUGCCCGCCAACAUGCCAAAGCUCCCUCUUGAAGACCGUACUCAGCUGAAUCAUUUUGAAACGUUCUUGGGGGAAAAUGACUUAAACUUGGCAGCUGUGUGUGACUACAUGUCCAAUUAUAUUAAGACAUCUGUUACUGAGCCAGAGCGCAAAAGUGCAACCAACAUUUUAUCAAAGCUCCUAACCAACGACUUAGCAAAGGAAAUGAACUUGGAAGGGGGAAACAAGAAGAUUGCUUUCAGAAGUCUUAACCUUUACAAGGUGUUCCAAGGUACCCUUCAGACAGCAUUCCCUGACAGCGAUCUUAUUACUGCUGAACAGGCAUUGAAGAAUUGGCUUAAAGAUGCCAAGUGGCGCAAGCAACGUGUGCCUGAUGCUGCCUAAGUGAUCAUUUUUGUCCUUACAUUACUGUUAUGUUCCUUGCAUCUAAAUGCCUGUUUAUAUUCUUUUAAUUUUGCUGAAAUGUUCUGUGAUUCUAUGUAGCACAAUAUUAUUUAGUUACCCUGAUAGAUAUAAGGGCUACUUUGUACCUUGAAUUUCAGAAAAAUGCUACUUUUUUGUUUUUUUGUUCCUUUUAUUUUCUGACGUGUUCUCAGUUAUUCUCUGUAGCUUUAGUAGGUAAUGUUGUGAAUUCAAACUACUCCUUACAUCAAAUUGUAGCAAACUGUUUGUUUGUAGUCCCCUUAUUUUUGUGAAAUGAUUUGCUCUCAGCUUGAAUGUAAUCCUGCAAGAUUUUGAGGCUACUUGUUUACCUUGAACUUAAGGAAUAUCUUUUUAUGUUUUUAAUAUUCGUGACGCAUGUUCUCGAGUCAUUCCCUGCAGCUUUCUUAAGUAAUCGCUAUUAAUUUUUUUUUUGUUACUUUGUUCUUAUAAUUUUUUUGAGGUUGUCAGUCAUUAUCUGUAGCUUUAGUAGGUAAUUUUGUGAAUUCAGACUUCUUCUUACCCUUAAAUUGUGGCAAACUGUUUGUUUGUAGUCCUUUUUUAUGCAAACUUUGCUGUUAGCUUAAGAACGCAAUCCUGGAAAGUAUUGGGGCUACUUGGUUCCUUUAUCUUCAGGAAUAUCUUUUUGUUUUUAAUAUUCUUGAUGCAUGUUGUCAGUCAUUCCCUGUAGCUUUCUUUGAUAAUCUGCUACUAUUAUUUUU